AUGGCAGAUCAGCCGGGAGGAUCGUUGCCAGUCUUGCCCCGUCCGGCCCGGCCCCGGAGCGGCCUGGCGUCGACGGAGUCCUCGAACCCGUUCCGCCGCCGCUUUCAGCCCCACGCGCCCGCAAGCUCCGACGCCCAGCUCAUCGUCUUCCUCGCUCUCGCCGUCACCCUCGACGCCCUCCUGGUCCUCACCGGCGUCACGCUCACCGUCGGCUUCGUCGCGCUCGUUGCCGUCAGCCCGCUCCUGCUCAUCACCAGCCCUCUAUGGGCGCCGCUGGGGCUUCUGGCCAUCGUGGCGGAAGGCGCCCUGCUGCUCGGCUGCGGCCUCGCGGUGCUUGCGCUGGGCGCGGGCACGUGGGCGCACAGGCGUUUGACGGGGCGGCAUCCGAUGGGCGCGCACCGGGUGGGCUACGCCUACGACGCGCCUGAACGUGGCCGGUUCGCCGGCAUGGCGGGCCACGGGACGAACCACCACGGGCGGGGUACGGGCGGCCGUCGGAGGAAGGACGCUGCACCUGGGGCAUAG